AUGGAAAGUUUCGCAAAGGUAGCACAGUCUAUCAGACCAGAUCCGUCUAUUGGUGAAAGCACGAUCCUCCGCUGGCCUUCGCCGCAGACGGUCAAGAGCUACGUGAAGCUCCAUGCAGUCACCCCUGCGAUGACCGCCAUGACAGCGUGCAUGAGGGUAAAGUCUGCCUUUAUUGGAAAUGGCGUUACAUAUCUCCUGUCUUACGCCACGGCUUCUGCGGUGGACACUUUCCUCCUUGGGUACUCGGGAAAUGGAGCCAUCGUCCUCAAUUUAAUCAACUCGGGGAUGGAUACAUCCGUGACGAAAGUCUAUGAUAGUUUCUGGCACCACUGGUGCUUCUCUUGGAACAAUUAUGGUGGAAAGUGGACGCUAUACAUGGAUGGCAUGCCGGCAGCGUCGGGCAAUAGCUACCGGUCAGGCUGGACCGUACCAGAAAAUGGAGUCUGGAUUGUUGGACAAGAUCAAGAUACGUCAGGCGGCGGGUUUGUCGCUACACAAGCAUAUGUUGGUGACAUCACGAGCAUCAAUGUAUGGAACACCGACAAUGUUGACGUUGCAGCAGUGGCAAACUGUGGCGAUAAGUUUGGAGGAAACGUCAUUUCAUGGCAUGUCGUCGCCAAAGAGAUUCACGAAGUGUCUACCUACAGAGAAGAUCUUUGCAAAAUAAGAGAUGAAGAAUAA